AUGUCACGCGCGGCGAACCUCUACCGCUUGCUUUCCGACGCCGAGGCGGCGCGCCUGCUGGGCCCGCUCUGCCUCGGCUCCCACGCCAUGCGCGCGCUCGUCCUGGGCGACGACGCGCGCCUCCUCGCGCUCGCCGAGAAGCUCGACGCGCUCAACCCGUCGCGGCCGUCGCCUCGCGCCUCGGCCGCCGCUGCACGGCGCCGCCGCUCAUGGGCUUCGACCACGUCUACGCAGACCUCCUCGCCGAACGUCCAAGAGCACGGUGACAUCACUCGCGCCACCGUCCACAAUUGGCGGCUCCGCUCGAGCCCCGGCCAUGGAGGCGUGGGCGAGCUGCAGCCCGGCCACGCGCGGCGUGGGGGCUCCGCUCGAGCCCCGGUCAUGUCGGCGCGGGCGAGCUGCAGCCUGGCCACGCGCGGUGCGGGGGCGAGCUCGAGCCCCAACCAUGGCGGUGCGGGCGAGCUGCAGCCCGGCCAUGCGCGGCGCGGGGGCGAGCUCGAGACCUGGUCAUGGCAACGCUGGCGAGCUCCAGCCCAGCCACGACGGUGCGGGGGCGAGCUGGCGUCGCGAGCUCUGUUUCUUCUCCUUCUCCCUCCCUUCGUCGCGCGGGGCUGGGCACGAGGCUGCACGAGGUGUUGCGGGGCUGGCCGCUGGCCGCUGGGGCAGGGAACGCGGGGCGGGGCGCUGGCCGCCAGGGCUGGGUGCGGUGGCCGGAUGUGGAAGAACGGACGGAAGCGACCGGAUGCGGAAGAACGAACGAACGGGAGGUGGAAGAAGGGAGGAAACUGCCUGCGUCUCGCCUGCCGCAGCCGUAGUUCACACGUCAGGCGGCCGAGCGCGGACGGGACGGAGGUGACAGCAACAGUAACAGAGGUAAAUGGUAGGGCCCAACUGUCAGCGACUAUAACUUAA